AUGGCCGUGCUGGUGAUGGGCCCGGCGCCUCACACCCCCGAGGCCGCCCGGCUGGGCUUCAUGGAGGGGUGGAUUUGGAACGGGGUGCGGGGGGAGUACGAGCGGUGGGAGGACGACCGCCGGGAGCGUGUGUGGGAGGUCAGGAGUGAGAGCCAGGACCUCACCAUGGUCAGGAAGAAGCAGUGGCGGGACGAGCUCGAGGGGUGGAUGGCACUUCUCCCCCGCUGCUGCCGAUAG